AACCAUUAUUUGAUAGCGAAGAAAUGCAGACAAAAUGAACCCCAAAUUCACAUGAAAUGAAACUGAACAUUUCUCUGCUUCUUCAGUGAAGUGCCCAAUGCGAUAUAUACAUGUCUUCUCCUUCAAAGCCACCCUAUGUUAGAGCCCAACCUAAUGGACUCAUAACUGUUAUCUGCUCAUUCUUUUCCAAGUGGGUUUGAGUUAUCAGCUAAAUUUGGCCGCUUUAUGGCCAAAGGCAGGAGGCUAACAACGAGUCGCAGUGAAAGGCUACUGGGAAGCUUUGCUUACAGUAAUGGCCAAGACACCGCCGUCAACGACUCGUCGGAGCUAGGCGAGGACGAUGUAUGGUCGAUGGUUGAUGAUGCGGCUAAUGGGAAUGACCAGAUUAGCAAUAAUUCUAAGGGAGAGUGGGUUUCGCGCGACGAUGUUGAGAGUAAUGGGAAUAUUUCUAUGAGGAGCCGCCGUCGUAUCCCCCGAGAUGACCACCGCCACCACGUGGGGGGUUUGUCUUUGGCCUUCGAAAAUUCUUCGGGCAAAGCGGCAGCGUCCAGAAUCGUGCACCAGUUCCGUGGACAUGAAAACGUGGCAGCAACAUCUCCUCAUCACAUGGCCACGUCAGCUCCUGUGAACGUGCCGGACUGGAGCCAGAUCCUUCGGGUCGACUCGGUUGAGUCAUUGCCUGAUUCGGAUGACGGCUAUGACGACCGUGAUUCAGAGAUAGUUCCCCCACACGAGUACCUAGCGCGUGAGUACGCUAGGAGCAGGAAAAUGGGCUGCGCCUCUGUCUUUGAGGGCGUCGGAAGGACGCUUAAGGGCCGUGACAUGAGGCGCGUGCGAGAUGCAGUCUGGAGCCAAACAGGGUUCGACGGAUAACCGUUCUACAACCCACACACAAGGAGACUGGUUCUAUUUUAUAUAUUUAUUUUUGUCGGCAAUGAUUCGGAAGAGUUGACUCGGUAUUGGACUGAGUCAACUCGGUAACGAGUGAGCUCAGGCACGAUUCUGCUUGAUGAGGUGCCACUAUUUUUGUCCAAGAUUGGAAUUUAGGAGUUGGAAUUCAUGCCCAGUUUGUUAGUAGUAGUUUUUCAAAAUAUUUUACAUAUAUAUUCAAAUUUUCAAGUCGAAA